GCGGCCACUCGUAGACAAUAGUGAUCAUCUUCCUCUCCCUCCGGCAAGGGUUUCGAAAUGAGUUUCUUCUUCUUCUUCUUCCUUGAACGACAGAACGCCACACGCGUCCGGCAGGCCUGCUCGAGGUCGCAAAUCGUAAAGCUGACGAGCGGGUUCCGGUGACCCCCUGGUAUCGGACAACCUCCCACUGUUCUCACUCGGGUGGGUGCUCCAAGUUCACGCUCCGUCUCACCAAUUCCAAUGGCUUCUCAUGGCCAUCUUGACGAGGCGAGUCGUCACGCUGCUCAUGUAUGCUUGCACGGCUUUACUGGGUCGACAUUGUAACGGGAAUAAGAGGGCUUUUGGGGACAUUGAGGACGAUGAAGACGAUCUCUUUGGAUCCAAGAAGUUUCUUGCUACAGGGUAAUACAAAAGCCGAAGAAAAUGCUCCUGGUGCAGCUACAGGAAUGAUCUUGUCACUUCGUGAGAGUCUUCAGACCUGUAAGGAUACUCUAACGACAUGCCAAACAGAACUUGAAGCUGCAAAAUCUGAGAUUCAGAAGUGGCAUUCUUCAUUCCAAAAUGAGUCCUUCAUACCUUCUGGAACAUCUCCUGAACCCAAGGUGAUAAUCAACUACCUUCAGACGCUUAGAUCUUCAGAAGAGGCAUUGAGAGAGCAGCUGGAAAAGGCAAAGAAAAAGGAAGCAGCUUUUAUAGUAACAUUCGCAAAGCGGGAGCAGGAGAUAGCUGAGUUAAAGGUGAAUCUUUUGUCGUGGUUAUGGAGUAUAUUAGAAUGGUUUAUUUACCCUUUAUUGCAGUCUGCUGUUCGAGACUUAAAAGCACAACUCAAGCCACCAUCUAUGCAGGCAAGGCGGUUGUUGUUAGAUCCAGCAAUUCAUGAAGAGUUUUCCCGGUUAAAGAACUUGGUAGAGGAGAAGGACAAGAGGGUGAAGGAGUUGCAGGAUAAUAUUGCGGCUGUUAGUUUCACGCCACAGAGCAAGAUGGGUAAGAUGCUCAUGGCUAAAUGCAGGACCCUACAAGAGGAAAAUGAGGAGAUCGGGAAUCAAGCAGCUGAGGGAAAGAUGCAUGAAUUAGCAAUGAAACUGGCUUUACAAAAGUCACAGAAUGCAGAGCUGCUGAGCCAAUUUGAAGGUUUGAACGUGGCUCAUCCAGUCUCUUUGAAUUUGUACUGCUCCUUUUACCACUUUUUUAGCAGAAGAGAACCUUUACAUGUCAAUGCCGCAACCGAAGGAUUAUAUAAACACAUGGAAGGGCUCACAAAUGAUGUUGAAAAGCCAAAUGAAAUGGUGCUCAUCUUGCAAGAGAAGCUGGAAGAGAAGGAUCAGGAGCUGAGAAGAUUGAAGAAUGAGCGGCAGCAGAAAAAUAUGCCUGAUGCGAUGAGCAAUAAAGCUCCUAUUAAGGAGGAGAAUCAAGGUCUUGGUGACUGAGUGGGAAUCAAAGAAGUAAAUAUCAUAGGACUGUCGUUUAUCCUCAGUCGUCUUGUUUGUACAUUAUUAUCAUUAUUUUUUUCGUUUAUGUGCUCUUCACUAUCUCAUGAACGAUUUUGGAAGUUUGAUCGGCUUUGUUGGACUACAUGGUCAAGUCCACUGGGUUUUGUAGCAUCUGAGGGACUAGAAUGUUCAACGUGGUGUUUCUCCUUCUUGAUUUGUUUCGAUAAACAAGGGAUAAAUAACAUUAAGAA